UCCGUCUUAAAGGCUGACGAUAAUUUCGCUAGGGGUUUACCCAGGUAAUAUAAAAAGCGAAAUUACAUAUCUCGCCACCAGUUCUGGUUCCUUACUUUGUCAGUUCGAUUAGUGGGUAAUUUUUUUCUUUAAAAAUCUCUACAGUCAAAAUGAAAAUGCUCAUCGUUCUUUCAACCCUCUUGGCCGUAACGUUGGCGGCUCCGCAAGUCAACCCGGCAGACGCACAGGCCCAAGUAGUCAAAUACGACAGCGACAACACUGGCAUUGACGGAUACAACUUUGCUUUCGAGACUAGCAACGGUAUUUCCCAGCAAGAACAAGGCACACUUCAAAAUGCCGGAUCAGAAAACGAAGUUAUGCAGGUCCGUGGUAGCUUCACAUACACGGGUGCAGAUGGUGUUGUUUAUACAGUAACCUACAUUGCUGACGAGAACGGUUUUCAACCCCAAGGAGCCCAUUUACCCAGCAGAAAAUAAAUUAUUUAUAAUGUUUAUUGAAUAUGGUUUAAUCCACUAAGAUAGCACAAAUCAGCAGUAUACGCACCUAAGAAGAAUCUUUAUUUCAUUCCUUAUAUAUUAGUUGGUUGGUUUCUUGUUUUUUUUUUAUCACUUGCACUAUUUAUUUUUACACUUUUGCAUUCACCUUACUGCCUUCCAUAUUAUAUACUUAAUGCCAAUCUUAUUAUAUAAAUAGGUUUUAAACAUAUAUGUGAGAUUUUAUAUAUGAUAUAUAAGUUAUUGUAAAUAUAUUGUGUUAAGGACAAAUAAAGAAGAAUUAAUUAUU